UCUCAUCUCAGAUUUGGGCGUAUUGGGCGUCUGGUGACCCGUGCCGCCGCCAAGAGCGGGAAGGUCGAGGUCGUCGCCAUCAAUGACCCCUUCAUCGACCUGGACUAUAUGGUGAACUUCAUACUGCAUUAAGAAAUGCAGUACACUUAACAAAAAAAUUGUACCACUUUUAGCUGCUCAUGUUUACUGUACUAUCACUGACUGACUUUAAAGUCCUGCCCCUGUACCAUAGGUCUACAUGUUCAAGUAUGACUCCACCCACGGUGUUUGGAAGGACAGUGAAGUGAAGCAGGAGGGUGGAAAGUUGAUCAUUGGCAACCUGCACAUCACAGUUUUCCAUGAGUGAGUUGGUUUUCCUUUACUUAUUCAAAUUACACAUUUGGAUGGUUUCGGCACCCAUAUUAAGCUUAUUGGUGGACUAAAAAGCACUCAAUGGAGAUUUCUCUCUGGUUCUAGGAAGCUGACUCUCGGGAGUGCUCUAGUGGGCUAGAAUAUUUAUAUUAUGAUGCCAAUGGCUUUCACACCAAUUGGAGCCAUUCUAGUUCUGUAAUUGUAAUGCUAGUUUUGUAGUGUCACCCCAACUUAAUCUCUUUACCAUCUUCAGGAGAGACCCCACCGCCAUCAAGUGGGGCGAUGCUGGCGCUGACUACGUUGUGGAGUCUACUGGUGUGUUCACCACCAUCGAAAAGGCCUCUGUAAGUACCUCAGUUCACUAGCAGUAGGAAGGCCAUGGUCACAUUUUUAUAUAGUUAGUGUUUGGGAUAUUGGUGCGAGUUCAUUAUAAUUUUGGUAGGCAUGUUAUGCAGUGUGACCUCACUUCUUUCAAUUAAGACUUUAUUGGGCUUUUUAGCUGUAUGUGCAACAAGGUUGGCUGGCAUGGUUCAUUCAGUGGCUUUGCUUUUCCACAAACUUAACCUUUUCCCUCAUCCCAACUACCACCACCACAGGCUCACCUGCAGGGAGGUGCCAAGAGGGUCAUAAUCUCCGCCCCCAGCGCCGAUGCCCCCAUGUUUGUGAUGGGUGUCAACCACGAGAAGUACGACAACUCCCUGAAGGUCGUCAGGUAAGCCUCCCGUUGCGUUAUCUUUAAGGAGCAGUGGUAAUUCCCUGUGGCCAAAAGAUGACUUGUACAAAGAAUGGCUGAAACAAACACGCACUGUGUGCAGUAUUCUCACUCCUUUCUCUGUCCUGAGUAAUACUAUUUCAAUAUAAAUAAGUGUGCAUUUAAGCUGAUUAUUUUAUGGAUUUGUGGCACAAUGUUUAAUCACUAAACAUUUGUGGUUAUUAACAAUUAUGUCCUCACAGCAACGCCUCCUGCACAACUAACUGCCUGGCACCCAUCGCCAAGGUUAUCAACGACAACUUUGGCAUCGUUGAGGGUCUCAUGGUAAGAAGGGAUUUUUGAAUGCCAUAGCACUUUAAUCUAGGUGGUUCUCCAUAAACCCUGCAUGGACUAAUGUCGUCGUCCCCCCACCCCAGAGCACAGUUCACGCAGUCACAGCCACACAGAAGACUGUUGACGGGCCCUCCGGGAAGCUGUGGAGAGAUGGACGUGGUGCCAGCCAGAACAUUAUCCCCGCCUCCACUGGUGCCGCCAAGGCCGUGGGCAAGGUUAUCCCCGAGCUGAACGGGUAUGAACCAAUCCAGUACCAUAGUUUUUUUUAAAUGGAGGUUUUGUGACCAUAGUAAUACCGGCUGAGAUUGAUAUAUAGCGCUAGUGCCUUUUACUAGGGUUGAGUUUUUUGAAAUAGUUUGAGGCCCACUUGUGCUAGUAAUGGUGUGGCUCCUGAACCUUUUGUGGGUCUUUCUGACCCACAGCAAGCUGACCGGCAUGGCCUUCCGUGUCCCCACUCCCAACGUUUCCGUGGUAGACCUGACUGUCCGUCUUGAGAAGGCCGUAAGUCUCCCAACCACCUUUUCUACUUUUGCUAAUGUAUACUAACGGUUAAACUGGGAUUUUGGGGCAAAUUACGACGUCAUACAUUUAUCUAGAUCUUUUACAUGUUCGCUCGUCUGCUUUAGGCGCCUUAUGACGAGAUCAAGAAGGUCAUCAAGGCUGCCGCUGAAGGACCCAUGAAGGGAAUUCUGGGAUACACAGAGGACCAGGUAAAUAUUUCCCCACUCAACCCUGUGUCCCAAUCUGUCCUUUUCUUGAAGUGUGCACUUGUACACUACUUCCCCAUGAAUUUAAAAUAAUUCGAUUGGUCUCGAUCAGGGUUUCCCAAACUCUGUCCUGGGGCCCCCCUGGGUGCAUGUUGUUUUUUCCCUAGCACAACACAGCUGACUCAAGUAACCAACUCGUCAAGCUUUGAUUAUUUGAAUCUGCUGUGUAGUGCUAGGGCGAAAAACAAAACGUGGACCCAGUAGAGUUUGGGGGAACCUUGGUCUAGAUAAGCGUUUCCCAAACCUCUCCUCGAGUACCCCAGCCAGUCAACAUAUUUGACGUAUUCCAGAACUAGCACAGCGGAUUUAAAUAGAGGGGCUUGAUUAGGUGACAAUUUGAAUCAGUUGUGCGAGUUCUGGAACGCAUCAAAUAAGUGGAUGCAGUGCACACUUUGAGAGAAAGAAGUAAUUGGUACGUAGGUCAACCUUUCCCUACUUUAAUGCCCUGGGCCUCAAGGUCAUAGGUGGAAAUGUCUAAACUCUUAAUCGUUUACCCUAAAGCUUGUUACUCUUCCCCCCGCCAGGUGGUGUCCACAGACUUCAACGGUGACUGCCGCUCCUCAAUCUUCGACGCCGGCGCAGGCAUUGCACUUAACGACCACUUUGUCAAGCUGGUCUCAUGGUAUGUAUGCAGGAACCUAUGCAUGAAUCAUUGUACAUUGUACUCUCACACCAGGUGUCCACCGACUCAACGUUUCAUCGACAUGUACAGCUGUGCAUAAUUUGCAUUGCAGUGAAUGUUGCAACUGUUAUAUUACAAGGGGCAGUAUAUGUAAUGAACAGUGGUCCAAGAAAAGAGCCUUGAGGAACACCGAAACUUGCCAUUGAUUUGUCUGAGUUUCCAUCCACAAAUUGAUACCUUGCCAGGAUCUGUAGCCUCCUGUAGCUCAGUUGGUAGAGCGUUGCGCUUCCAACGCCAGGGUUGUGGGUUCGAUUCCCAAGGGGGGCCAGUAUGAAAAAUGUAUGCACUCACUUAACUGGAUAAGAGCGUCUGCUAAAUGACUAAAAAUUUAAAUGUAAAUCUAAACCAGGCAACAAAAAAACAUUCAACCACAAAAGGGCUUAUUAAAUCAACUUCCUGUAAUUGUGGGAUGGCAAAAUGCAACACGAGUUGGAAAAGAAACAAUGUUUGAACUUGUGGCAUGCAGUGCUGCCUAGUGUGCCAGCUGGACUGCAAAGGUGUGGACUGCCUCCUUUGAAAAUUACUGCAUAGUUGAAUGCAGUUCAUGGACGUGGGUGUCACUCACGCGGACACAUUCAAUAUUGUAAUUCUGUUCCAUCACAACAUUCAUUGAAUUAGUAUAGCCUCAACAUUCCCGUGAUUUUAGGUUUUUGUGAAUUCUCUAACUCAUCGGUCUUCCAUAGGUACGACAACGAGUUCGGCUACAGCAACCGUGUUGUUGACCUGUGUCUGCACAUGGCCUCCAAGGAGUAAAGUUUCCACACCACACUUCCAACCCCCCAUGUCCCAUGACCUCUUCCUUCUCCUGAACGGACAUCCCACCAGUCUGCUGCCAGAGAACCUGUAGUGAACUCAAUGGCAACAUGUUUAAGUCACACCUCUGUUCUGUUCAGUGUGAGGACUGAGUAUGAUUUUUGCCUGCAGAAUAUUUCUGUUUACCGCACCAUGGCUUAAUUUGCACUCUGUCAAAAUAAAAGUCCUGUUAUUGAA